AUGGUGCUCGAAGCCACCAUGAUCGCCAUCGAUAACUCGGAAUAUAUGAGAAAUGGAGACUUCAUGACCACCAGGUAUGAUGCCCAGCUCACCGCGACCGAGUUUAUCUUCCAGAACAAAGUGAACUCAAACCCAGAAAAUACUGUAGGUUUAUUGGCAUACGGAGGUGCGGGACCACAGGUAUUGUCGACUCUCACCACAGAUUUCGGUAAGAUAUUGUCAGGAGCUCACGAUACCAAGAUCAGUGGCACGCCGCAUUUUUCUAGUGGUAUUCAGGUUGCGGCGCUUGCUUUAAAACAUCGUCAGAACAAAGUACAGAAUCAACGUAUUAUCGUGUUUGUGGGCAGCCCUAUAGAGGAGUCUGAGAAAGAUCUCGAGAAACUCGCCAAGAAGAUGAAGAAGAAUAACAUUGCAAUCGACGUAAUCAACUUUGGUGAAGAAGCAGUUAACACCGCCAAAUUGGAAAAGUUCAACUCUGUCAUCAACAACCACGACAAUUCUCAUCUUGUAACGGUACUGCCUGGUCCUCGUUUGCUUUACGAAGUGAUCGCCACGUCACCCAUUCUAGUGGAAGGAGGCUACGACGGUGGUGCUGGCGGUGAUAAUGGCAUGGAUGGCUUUGCUGGUGGUGACAUGAUUGAUCCAAACAUGGAUCCAGAUUUGGCAUUGGCUUUACGUCUUUCUUUGGAAGAAGAGAAGUUGCGUCAAGAAAGAGAAGCAGCAGAGAAGGCGAAGGCCGAGUCUGGGGAAGGAGCUUCAGAAGAGUUGGGCCGUAUAGAUGAGAAGAAAGAAGAAGAUGUGCCCAUGGAGGAUGCAGACAAGAAGUAG